GGUCACUUGGACUGUACGUGGACAUGCUUAAAUCCACUGACAAUAGCCGGCUGGGUUCACUGAAGACAGUAAUGCUGCUCGUGUUUUGCGUUCUCUUGUGUAGCGAUCGAUUGCUACUGCCUGAGUCGUCUGAUGUAAAGAUGGAUGCCUUCCGAUAUAGCCCCGUCUUGGCCAAUGCAUGCUGCUUUACAGCAUGAACACAGAAGUGUGGGCUCAUCUUCUAAUUCUGGCAAAUGAAAAUGGAUGAGAUUUCGAUGUCCAGCCUGGACAACAGCAAGCUGGAGGGCGUAGCUCAGGACAUCCUUUCUGACCUGGUGGAGGAUGCUUGUCUGGGCCUGUGCUUUGAGGUCCACCGGGCCGUCAAGCAGGGCUACUUUUUCCUGGAAGACACGGACCAAGAAACCAUGAGGGACUUCGAAAUUGUGGACCAGCCAGGAGUGGAUGUGUUCGGGCAGGUGUACAACCAGUGGAAGAACAAGGAGUGUGUCUGUCCCAACUGCAGCCGGAGCAUCGCUGCGUCACGCUUUGCCCCGCACUUGGAGAAAUGCCUGGGCAUGGGGCGCAACAGCAGCCGCAUAGCCAACCGCAGAAUAGUCACCGGCAACAACACUAACAAUAAAUCAGAGAGCGACCAGGAGGAUAAUGAUGACGUCAAUGAUAACGACUGGUCCUACGGGGCGGAAAAGAAAGCGAAGAAGAGAAAAUCAGAUAAGAAUCCAAACUCACCCAGGAGAUCCAAAUCAUUUAAACAUAAGAGUGUCUGUCUCCACAGGUAUGAUGGGCCCCAGACGGCGUAUGGACAACCAGGAGAGCCCACGCAUGCUGAUGAAAGACGAGGCCUUCCCUCAGUGACAGACACACAGGAAGACCAUUCAGUCCACCCUGGCUCCUUUUGUUUUUCAUUGGACCGUGACAGAUGUGUAGUAGACUAUUGCUAAAUGGGUCGUGUUCAUUAAGCACCACACUGAACAAAACUGACUGAUACAUGGAGGUAGUGACUGAACUUCUCCAAUAAGAAAUGCUUGUUUGUUUUUCCAUUGUGAAACGUUUUAAAAUGUUUUGUUACUGUGUGCCCUAAUGAACACAACACUGCUGAAGCAGUCCAGAGACCCCCUGCACAGUGUGUCUCUUCCGUUUUUCCCCUCCACCGAAUCGUUGCACCAAUAAUCAUUAUUUUAUAUCAUACAUUAUUUUAUCGAUAGGUAGCUGCUCUUGGCUGGCCUCUUUACGAAAUAUUGUGUUAGAAUCUGUCAAUGCACAGAUAAGGAGUGAGGUCGUACAGUGGCUAGGCAGAGGCAGUCGAAGUCAGAGCAAUGGAUACUAAGGACCAUUUGAUUAUGCACUGACUUUUUGAUGAUAUUAUCAGUCAAGAAGUCUUUUCAACUAUCAUUUUUUUUGACAAGAACAUAAUUAUGGACAAAUGGACAGUUAAAAUCAGAAGUCGCACAACUUACAGGCAAUAAUAGUUAAUGGUUUGUCAUUUUAUUACUCCAUAUUCACAGUGUCAACAUCAUGAUUCUCCUGAUGAGUAUGCUGAAAGGACUCCUGUCACUUGUCAUAUACCUGUGGAAAUAGGUUUUGAAAUAAACUGCAAACUCCUUGCAAUAGAACAUGGGUUAAUCUGUUUCAUUGUAGAUGAGUAGUUUAAUUAGGCUUGUUUUCUAGCAUUCAAAACAUUCUUUAUUAUUUGUUUACAUUGUAAAGGGUUAUAUGUGUCCUCAGUGUUGUGAUAGUGUAAAUAUUUAAAUAGUUGAAAUGCUGCUAUCAUGGCUUUGUAUUUGUUCAUCUGUCAAGUAAUAAACGAUUGUCAUCUGUC